AUGUGUUUCUGCCAUUGUUCCUGUUUAUACAAAAGUUUACCUAUAUUACAUGGUAUCAUUGGUUUUCUCGAAUGUAUUCUUGGUAUAAUACGUCUUAAAUUUUUCUUUUCAUCAUCUUCUUCGUCUACAAACGUUUCAUCCAGUACAAAUACAGGAAAUAUCAAUAAGAAAAUAUAUAGUAAGAAAUAUGUAGUAGCAUUUAUUAUUGAUUGGAUCAGUUCAAUCGUACCCACAUUAAUUGGAUUAUUUACUACGCUAAUUAUUCUUGUAAUACUAUAUAAAAUAUGUGCUUGGUUGAUUAACAGCUAUAAUCGACAACAUGGAAAUAAUGAAGAUGAAAGUAAUACAGAUAGCAUACUAACUCGUUUAUUAAAAAACAAAGCAUUGCGUCGUUUUCUUAUAGUUGAUUGCAAUUGUUCAUGUUAUAAGUCUAGACCUAAACGACGAUUUCAAGUGCGGCUUGCUUUAAUUAUUCUGGUCUUUAUUUUACGUAUUGUGGCUAUUGGACUCUAUGCAUCAUCAUCCGAUGAUAACUAUGAUGGUGGGAUAUUAGCUGCUAUUUGUGCUUUUUCACUUAUCUUUUUAUUUACUACAUUUUGUCUAGAUUUAUAUCGUUAUUGUGUUUGGUGGCAUUAUACACCUUAUGGUGAUACUCGAUGUCAUUGUCGAUCGAAAAAACAUGAACGAUAUAUACCAUAUCAUAUGAUUGGUGAUAAUCGUAAUCCAAGAUUAUUAGGUGAUCGACCCUGUCGUGAACAAUCGUGUCAUAAAAGAAAACUUGAUCAUAUUGCAGUAUUUCAUUCGACAGAUUAUCAGCCACAGGAUCGCUGGAGAGAUAUUCCCAAGUCACCACCUGAAUUGCAUGCAACUACAAAGAGAAUUUUUUGCUUAAAUUAUCAAAACAAAGAUCAUCAACCUCAUUAUAUUGGCUUUCACACGACUACACCUGAAGCUGCUGUUUCAAUUGCACAUAGUGAAUUUCAACCAGUACUGGUGGAUGGCUAG